CUUGAUCUAGAUAACAGUAUCAACCUCUUACAGCCUACGGAGAAGAAGCUUGCUAGCAUUCCAGAAACUGACAUUGACGAGUAUGAUCCGACACCAUAUGGAGGCGGAUACGACAUAGCCUUGACGUACGGACGUCCCAUCCCACCGUCUGACGAGACUUGCUACCAAAACAGCUCAUUAGUCGAUGAGAUCGACUACGAUCGCCCCAACUUCACCUCCUACGCCGAGCCCUCCGCCUACGCUGAUGAGCGUCUCCAGGAGGAAUACACUAGCUAUGCCCGUCCUAAGCCCCGACUUGAUCCUUCUUAUGGCUUCGUCCUUGGUGCUGCUGCUGGAAGGGAAGUAUUUGUUGAUGCUAAGCCUGAGCCUGCUUAUGGGUUCCAAACUGGAGUGUCAAGGCCUGGAUUCGAUUAUGGGUCUGGUGGCUAUGGCGGAAGACCCAAGUAUGAGAAGCCACCUAUUUUGGAAUAUGGGUCUGGGUACGGCCGAAUGCCAGAUUCAGAAUACCUAUCUGGUGGAUAUGGCUGGAGGCCUGAGUAUGAUGAUGGUUCUCGCAACAAGUAUGGCUAUGGUAGCGAAGAGGGUUAUAGCAGCAACAAAUAUGGAGAUGAUGACUCUGAUGAUGAAAAGAAGAAGCAUAAUCGCUACCAGCACCACCACCACAGGAAGCACUAUGAUGACGAUUGAUGGUGCCGUUGUUAAUGGGAUUCAUGCCCAUUAUUGGCUAUUAAUGAAAGGAUAGAGGCAUGUUUCUUGUUUAAUAGUCGUUUUGUUACUGUUCGCUGAUGUUGAAGCUUGGAUUAUCAUUUUUUAGAAUCUGAUGAAGUCAUAAUGCGUUGUAUUUCAGAUCAAAUUAAAUCUGACAUGGCAAUUUGGGAGACUUCAGGUCAUUAAAGCGCUGGUUUCCUUCAAAGGCUCAUUGGUCAGAGGCAUCUUUUAAUCUUUAGCAGUGAUUGUGGUUUAUGUUGUCGUUUUUUGGAGGUUUCUUGGUUCUUCUUUUAUGUUGGUUCUUAGCUUUGGAUAUUUGAUGGUUUUUUAGGCUUAGUUUUGUUGAGGGGUUGGAUGUUGCGGUUCUUUUUCUUCCUUUUUGCGGAUUUAUCUAUUGCUGGGGUUUUGGAGUUUUUACGGUACGGAUGCGUUGAAAAAAAUAAUUAACUAAAGAGAGAUAAGUUUGAGAGAAAUUAUCAAAAGAGAGUGAUAUAUGCUGA